AUGGAAAAUGAAUCAGAAUAUAAAAAUAUAAACAACGUAGAUAAAACAAUUAUUCCUUUUCAGAAUACAAACCUUUUAAAUAUAAUAGAAAGUGUGUGGAAUCUUUUAGAUGUAGAAAAAGAAAAUUCUAUAGAUUUAUUCAACGAACAAAUAUAUACAUACCUAAAUAAAAAAGCAAAAGUCAUAUUUGAAAAUAAACUCUUACCACAUUUUAUUACAAAUGCUCAUAAUGAAAACAUAUUGGAGAAUAUAUUAUUUGAAAAAAGAAUUAAUAUAAGAAAUAAAACGCAUAAAAAUAUUAAUGAAUUAAAAAGAAUUACAAAUGAAAAUGAUUUGAAUUUAUUAGUAAGAAAUAAUCAAGGGAUGCACAGCAAAUAUCAUAUGGAUCGCAAAAAAUGUAGAGAUAUACUUUUAAUAUCCAAACAAGCAUUUUUUAAAAUAAUCACUAAUCUUGUAUGUAACAAUAAAAAAGUAAUAACAUCAUCAAAUUUAUAUAAUAAUACAAUAUAUAAAACUCUUUUGUAUAUACUAAAAAAUACAAAUAAUGAAAUAAACAAAAAAAUAUACACAUACUCAUUUUAUGAAGAAAAUGGAAUUAUUCAAAAAAAAACAUAUAUGAAUAAACAUCAGGCAAAGGGCAUAUUAAAUACUAUACAUAAAAAUAAUACUUAUGAAAAUAUAGAGAAAAGUAAACAAUUUAUUAAGAAUAAUUACUUGUUGAAAGAAGAUUAUGAUCAUAUAAAAAAUUCAUACACAUUAAAUGAUAUAAUACAUAAUUCCAUAAUACAAUUAUCAAAGGGAAAAAAUGUACAUUACGAACAUACAAGAGCAAAAAAUAAUAAGCAAAUAAAAGAUUAUCUAGAUAAGAAUAAUUUAAUCAAAUAUGCAAAAGACAAUAAUAUAUCAGAUACGCAUUUACAUGAAAGGAGAACAUUAUAUAAUGAUCCUGUAUAUAUCUUAAAAAAGUUUUUAGAAAGAGAUAGAAACAUAUUAAAAUAUCAAGACAUGUGGAAAGAUAUCGCUCAAUAUACAUUUCAACCAAAUAUUCAUAAGUAUAUAGAUAUAGAAUAUAAUCAGGGAAUAAAAAAAAAAGAAAAUGAACAAAUAAAGGACAAACAAUUGAAUAUAAAAAAUAUUUUUAAAAAUAAUGAACACAUUAUCCAUAAUAAUAUCUUGACAUAUAUGGAUAAUGAUGAAUUUAGUUUAUUAGAAAAAAAUGAAAAAAAAAAAAUAAGUGAUGAAAAAUAUUUGGAAUUGAUAUAUCAAUUUUAUGGUACUCAUCAGGCAAAUAAUAAUAUAACGAUGAUAAGAAAAAAAUGGGAUGAUGAAUCAAAACCCAUACAUAGAAUAAGCAGAUAUAUUUCACGAAAGAACAAAAUAUUAAAUAAUGAUGUUGUAAAUAAUAAUAUUUUAAAUAAUAAUGUUUUAUAUAAUUCCCCAUUGGGAAUCCCAAAAGGAAAAUUUGUUAACUGCCUUCUUAGAAAUUGUGAAAAAAAAAAAAAAUGGCAAAAUGAACUUCGAAAUGGAUAUCAUAGAAACAAUUUUAAUUUCUCUCUACAUGAUGAACAAGAAAUAAAGAAGGAAUGUGAUGAAAGAAAAAAAAGAAUAAAUUCUUACGACUGGAAUAAACAAAUAAGGUUAUAUGAAAGAGGUUUAAAAACGAAAGUCACACAAAAUUAUGAAUUAUAUAAUAAUAUUAUAUCAACAAAUAUGAACAAUACAAAUAAUUGUAUGCCAACAAAUAUUCAUCAAUAUGAGAUGAAUUAUAAGGCAUCAAAUAAUACAUUACAAAAAAAAAAAAAUAAUAAUUUUGAUAAGAUAAAUAUGUGCCCUCUUAUAAUAUCAUAUAAUAGUAGUAUACCUACGCCAAAAGUAGUUACCAUAAAAUCAACACAGGAUGAUAUUUUACAAAAUAUAAAAAUGGAAAUAUUAUCAUUACCUAAGUCAGUUCAACUUUUAUAA